GCCCUGCAGGCACGGCCCCGACCCUACACCAACACCACCACCACUGCUGCCUCUUGGCACCCUCACCUACUGAUGGCACGCGCCUAUCAAACAUACACGACAUCGGCUAAGUUUGGCACCUUGGCGAUGGGGAGAGAGGUCGGGGCUAGCAGUGUAAGCGAGCGACCUCCAGCCAUGGCCUCCUCCUCCGCCGCCCGCCGCCUCCACCUCCUCCGCGACGUUCUCCUGCCUCGUCCUCCUCCUACGUGGCUCCUGCUGGUCCGAGACUGACGAUGUCGUCGAAGCGUAAGUCGCUGCCGACGAAGGUACUGGACUCUUAUCCCGACCCCAGCGACAUGCUGGUGGAGGACGCCCCUCCCCUCGUCUCAACUACGGCUGGGGGCGACUCAGACAACUCCGCGGGAGGGUCAGAGUUUAGUUACGGCGACGAAGGUACAGUAGGGAUGUCCCCGGCCAGGUGGUCCGACUCCGAGGUGGUGGUGGCGUCGGCCGGCGAGGCGAAGAGGAGUAGGAGGGAAAGUUCGGCUGAUUCAGACGACCUGGCGCAGCAUCUCCACCCCUUCGCCAACCCGUUCUUCCAGGCGAGGCUACAGGAGGCGAGGCUACAGCAAGAACACGCCAGGCUACUCCAGGAAGCUGCUGUGGCGAGGCAUGAACAACAACAACAGCAGCAACACCAGCAACAACAACAACAACAACAACAACACCAGCAUCACCAACAACAACUCCACCAUCAUCUACAACAACAACACCAACAACAACAACAACAGCAGCAGCAACAACAACAACAGCAACAUUUUCAACAACAACAACAACAACAACAACAAGGAAGGAACUCACUGUCCCCGUUGUCUGAGGUCGAGAGAGGAGGACUACUUGCCAACGCCGCCAGGAAGUCGAUGGACGAUGUGUUGAAGCGCCUCACCUCCAAAAUGAGUCAUAGUACCAUUGAAGACGUCGAGCGAGCUAAACGAGAACGAGAAAGUAGCAAGCCCCCGGAGACCCACGCCACCCCCUCCAGCCCCCCUGUCUCAUCCAGCGGUGGUGGUGGGGGACCCCUAGGAGACUCUCUGGCCUCCAUGACCCAGCUCCUUAGUGCCGACCCGGAGGCACUACAUAGCCAAGAGAAGCGAAUCACGGAGAUAAUCGGUCAACUCCAGAAACUGAGAGAUUCUAUUCGACAACAACAACCACAAGAGCCCCAGCAUGAUAAGGUGGCCAGCGAACAGGAGGCGGCCCUACAGAUGCAGCAGGAGGCACUCAGGAAACAACAAGAGACCCUUCAACUCCUGCAACACCACAACACACUUAAAACCCUUCACAACCAGCUGUAUGGUCAGUAUGGCGCCAACAAGGGUCUCGGAGCUCUUCAACCUCCACAUAACCUCAUGUUCCUUCCUCUACUGGAGGGGUUGAGGGGAGGUACUCACGGUGCACCUCCAGCGCCUCCACCACCCCAAGUUCUACCCCCCAUCUCGCCCCCACACGAGUCAGCUCUCACUAAACUGCCUCCUGUCUCCGUUGCGGCGUCGGUUCCCGCGUGGAUGUCUGCCUCGGCCCAGUUGGCGCAGCUCUCCCAGAACUCCGCCCACACCACCCACACGCCUACACAGACGCCCGCACCCUCACACGAAAACCACGAGGAGAAGCCCCUCAACCUCACCAAGCCCAAAGAUGCCAGCCCCAAGCCCAGCGACCUGACCGGCUUGUCCCCGAAGGCUCCCGGUCUCCCGCCCUCCCUCGUACCACAUUCUUUCCUCCCCUACAUGACGCCGCCCUUCCCUGGCCUCCCAGACCACAAGGAUCUGUUGGGUGGCCUCGGCCAGACUCUAGGUCAGGGGCUAGGUCAGGGACUAGGUCAGGGACUAGGCUCCCUCCAAUCCCCCACCAUGGGCAAGCAUUACCCUCCCCCUGCCUUCCCUCCCAUGUACCUCCCUCCCUCCUCCUUACCUUCCUCCCUCCCACCACACUUAAACCACAUGGGCGGCCUAAGCCUGCCCUCAGCCACGCCCCUGACCUCGCUGACCUCGCUGGGAGGCAACAUGGGCGGCAUCACCUCCGUGACCACCUCCUCCCCCCACACCACGCAGGAGAAGGCCAAAGAGGAAGACUACGUCACCACCUGCCAGACAGCCAAGAUGUUCGGGGCAAAGAUCAUCCGGCAGACAAGGAAGGACACGGACGCCAAGCCCCACGUGAAGCGGCCGAUGAACGCCUUCAUGGUGUGGGCCAGAGACGAGAGGCGGAAGAUCCUCAAGGCCUGCCCGGACAUGCACAACUCUGCCAUCUCCAAGAUCCUGGGAUCAAGAUGGAAGUCAAUGUCCAACUCAGAGAAGCAGCCUUACUACGAGGAGCAGUCACGCCUCUCAAAGCUCCACAUGGAGAAGCACCCCGACUACCGCUACCGCCCGAGACCUAAACGCACCUGCAUCGUCGACGGCAAGAAGAUGCGCAUCUCGGAGUACAAGGCUCUUAUGCGGCAGAAACGCGACGAGAUGCGCACAAUGUACUUUCGCGACAACGGUCUCUCCGAUCUGGCCAAGCUCUUGCCUCCAGGAGCUGACCCCAUGAAGACCGACUUCCUGAAGUCAGGGCUCUUCAAGGACGACCUCCUGAAGAAGGACCUGAUGAGCACGGACAUCCUGGGCGCUGAUACUCACGGCGACCCUCCCACCAGCCGCGGCGGGGACCUCCCCUCCGUCAUGACCCCGACCUCUGAGUUCAGUCUCGACGGGUCGGCCUCGCCCUCCCCCGGAGCACCAGCGUCCACGACCUCAGACCUGGAGGACCACAUGGACGAGGAGUUCACGUCGUCGACAGAGAUCGUCAGCCAUGAGGAGGUGGAGGAGAACCAGCCACUCACUAUAGACGAGCGGCUCGCAUGAAAUACCUCACUGUGUCCUCCUCGCCCACA